AUGGCGCACCUCCGCAUCCGGUGCUCUCUGUCGCCGCUGAUCGUCCUCCUCCUCCUCUUCCUCGCGGCGGUGCCGGGGAAGGGCGAUGGUGACGGCGGCCUGCGGUUCCGGCGGGAGGGUGGGACGUUCAAGGUGCUGCAGGUGGCGGACAUGCACUACGGGGACGGCCGGAGCACGCCGUGCGAGGACGUCCUCCCGGCGCAGCAGCGCGGCUGCUCCGACCUCAACACCACCGCCUUCCUCUACCGCGUACUCCGCGCCGAGGACCCCGACCUUGUCGUGUUCACAGGUGAUAACAUUUUCGGCGCGGACUCAACCGACGCGGCCAAGUCGAUGGAUGCGGCGAUUGCUCCAGCCAUUGCCAUGAAACUCCCUUGGGCUGCUAUCCUCGGUAACCAUGACCAAGAGGGCACGCUGUCGCGAGAAGGUGUGAUGCGCCACCUUGUAGGAAUGAAGAACACCCUUUCACGCCUCAAUCCUGAAGGAGUAGAGAUCGACGGCUACGGAAAUUACAAUCUGGAAGUUGGCGGGGUUGAAGGAACCCUGCUGGCAAACAAAUCGGUGCUCAACCUUUAUUUCCUCGACAGUGGUGACUACUCUACCGUAUGGUGGAUCCCCGGUUAUGGUUGGAUCAAGGAUUCACAGCAAGCUUGGUUCCGGCAAACCUCUGCAAAUCUCCAGAAAAAAUAUACCAGCGAACAACCGGCACAGAAGGAACCAGCACCGAGUCUUGCAUACUUCCACAUCCCAUUGCCGGAGUUCAGCAGCUUUACAGCAUCCAAUUUCACUGGAGUAAAGCAGGAGGGUAUCAGCUCACCAUCAAUCAACUCCGGCUUCUUUACCACCAUGGUGGAAGCUGGAGAUGUCAAGGCUGCCUUUAUAGGACAUGAUCACGUAAAUGACUUCUGUGGGAAGCUCACUGGCAUUCAGCUAUGCUACCCUGGUGGGUUCGGUUACCAUGCGUAUGGGAAGGCAGGGUGGUCGAGGAGAGCAAGGGUGGUGUCUGUGCAGCUUGAGAAGACAGAGAGCGGCGAGUGGCAAGGAGUGAAGUCUAUCAAGACAUGGAAGAGGCUUGAUGAUCAAAAUCUCACCACAAUUGACUCUGAGGUACUAUGGAACAGAGGCUCUAAUGAACCGCAACUUAUAAGAGAGUUGCCAAUUGACAGGGAGGAGAAGGAAGAGUCAUGAUGGCAGCUGAGUUCAGGACAGGAGACCCAAUGCUGCAUCUGAGUGUGCUGUUCGUUCUUAGUUUAUCUCACGGAGCUUGUGCGUGUGUAAAUGAACAAAUAGAUAGUACCAUAGAUGUGUACACAAGUUUUUGCCUUUUGUAAUAUUCAGAUCGGAAGAAAGUGAAUCAUGUUACAUGGGUACAAAUGUCACACUUCGUAGAUGGGAUCAAAUGUCAAUAGAAAAUGAGAACACUGAUGCAGUGAUGAUC